AUGGAGGUGGACGCCGAAACGGAGAAGCGACCCAAGCUGGAGUCGGCUGAAGAGCACGUCGCGGGGCACAAACGGAUCCUUCGCACAAGCAUACUCGGGCACUUGCAACGUGCUAAGGACGCACUCGCCAAGGAACGCGAGAAGGAGAGCGUUAGUGUUUUUUCCGGCAGUACCAUGCGCGCGCAGACCAUCAAGCACAUGGAGAAGGAGCAGCUGGUGGCGUCCAAGCUCGCCGAUCAAGAGCGCACGAAGCUGGAGCAGUUAUCGCAUGAGCUCCGCGCGCAGAUGGCUGCGAGUGAGGAACAACUGCGCGCUGUCGAAUCGGAGCUUAACGUCAAGUGCAACGAACUGAUGGUCAGUGUUCACGUGUCUACCGCUAAACGCGCGCAGAAGACGAGCCUUACGCAGCACUACGAGCACAUGGCCAACUUUAUAGCCACGCAAGCGCAGCCGACCAUCUUCUGGGCGCCACGCAACUUCAACCCCGAGCUGGAGUCCCUGCGCGGGCGCACGCAGCAGUUCAUCUCGGAGAAGGUGGCUGCCAUCGCAUCCACCGAGUACUUCAAAGCUUAG